UAAACUAACCAAGAACAUAAAUAAAGAGUCGACUUUUAUAAUAGAAAUGGGUAUUACUGAUAUGGUUUUAUUUGGGUUAUUAUUGGUCAAUGCUCUUCUACCCGUUGAUGCCUCAGGACGUAUGCCAUUUACUUACCAAAAUCAGUUGCAAAGGCAUUGUAGCUCCACACAGUACACUUCUCUUUGUGUCCAAAACUUGCGAGAGUUUCGACAUAGAUCUUCUCUUCAAGGUCUCGACUUUGUGUCUUUCCUUGUCAACAAGACCAUCUCUGCUUCCAGUAACCUAAUUCCUCCUCUCUCAUCUUCGAUGGCUUCCUACGAAGUCGUUUCUCUAGACGAUUCCACCAAUACGUUGCCUUCACCAUUGGUUGCAGAUGCAUGUGAACGGCUCAUGAAAAUGUCAACAAGACGACUUCAGCAAGCAAUGGAAGCUCUCAAUGGCUUUUCGAGAGAGCGUCACAACAAACACGACAUCCAAACAUGGCUCUCCGCCGCCAUGACUUUCCAACAAUCAUGCAAAGACUUCGUCCUAGACUCUGGUGGCCACUCCUCCGCCAUCAGCUACAUAACACAGAAAAUGGAUCAGCUCUCUCAACUCGUCAGCAACUCCUUGGCCCUUGUCGACACACACAUGGAAAAUCCAAAGCCAACCGUUCUUCCACGGUGGGUCUCUGCCGGAGAACGGAAGCUUCUAGCAAGCCGCACGUCUAGAAGCAGACCGCACGUGUUAGUCGCCAAAGACGGAUCCGGGGAUUACCGGACUGUCAUGGAUGCUGUCAAGGCUGCUAGUGGAAAUGGUAGAUUCAUCAUUUACGUGAAAAGAGGUAUUUACAAAGAGAAAGUCAAAAUAGAGAAAGAUGAGAUCACGUUGAUCGGCGAAGGCAAAGACCUGACGGUGAUUAUGGGCGAUGAUAGUGCCGCUGGAGGAACUUCCGUGCCCGACACCGCUACAAUGACCGUUACGGGUGACGGAUUCAUCGCGCGGGAUAUAGGAAUCAAGAACACGGCAGGGCCUAGAGGAGAACAAGCCAUAGCAUUAAGCAUCACAUCAGACCAGUCAGUGUUAUAUAGAUGUAGCAUCUCAGGUUAUCAAGACACGCUCUACGCAGCCGCUCUACGUCAGUUCUAUAGAGAAUGCGAUAUUUACGGAACCAUAGAUUUCAUAUUCGGAAACGCUGCUGCGGUUUUCCAAAGCUGUAACCUAGUCUUGCGUCGCCCUAGUGAUGUCAGGGCCUACAACGUUAUUCUUGCUAACGGGAGGACAGACCAGCGUCAAAAUACCGGAUUUGCCCUUCAUAGUUGUAGGAUACUUACGGAUUUGGAUUUUUCAGCCGUUAAACAUAGGUAUAGCUCGUACUUGGGACGGCCGUGGAAGAAAUAUUCGAGGUCUAUAGUGAUGGAAACGUAUAUUGAUAGUGCCAUAGCGGAGGAAGGAUGGGCCGGGUGGUUAAACUCUGGAGAUGAAGUGUUGAAGACAUUGUACUUUGGAGAGUUUAAGAACUAUGGUCCUAAAGCUAGAGUUUCCAAGAGGGUUACAUGGCAAGGGUUUCACCUGAUUGGCUUCGAAGAGGCAAGUUAUUUUAGCGUUGGUAAAUUUAUUGAUGGAGUUUCUUGGUUGCCCUCUACGGGAGUUAGUUUUGCUUCGGGGAUUUGAUUAGUGAAAGAGAAAA